AUGUAUCUAUUGGUGUCCUCGCUCUAUCAAGUAACUCACUUCUGGAAUCUUGACUACUCCGAACUCCUCUCCUCUAAGCGCUCUGAACCUUUCACGCUCUAUGACGACAGCAAAGGCCGCGAAAUACACUCUAACCUCUGCCCUUCCAUUCUUCGCACCAAUAAACAGAUUUACGAAGAAGCAAUUUGCCAUUUGUAUAACAAGAACACCUUCCUACUCAAACUCAACCACAAACGCCCUAUCUUACCACUAUUCCGAUCCAAUCGUACCCCUCCCACAGAUGUCUCAACAGACGGCGAAUAUGAUGAUCGCCCGAGGAAGCUCGUUACCCAUCCGAAUCAGCGCACAACAAUCUACAAAAGACUUCAUAAAGACAAUUGCUGGCACCUCCCGUCGCUUCCAGGUUCAGGGCCAAUAUAUCCGCAUGUUUUGUGCCGCCUAGCUCACAUCGAGCUGUUCAUCGGAGCGUUUUCGAUGUGCGGCGCGAGCAAGGACGGCAAGUUCUUCACGCAUAUUAGGAAAGUAGUCCUUGAUAUACUGCGACUACUAGCCGAGGAAGAAAUAGAGGAGGGUCUGGUGACUAAGAAGACUCUGAGAGUCAAGGUUCGCGCCAAGUGGAUUCCUGACAAUCUUUUCCUCGGUGAUAAGGGGCCCUCGCUGUCGCGGAAGGAGGGUCAAGCGCUGAAGGCUACGAUGCUGGUGCUGUUGAAAGAGAUCAUGAAGCGGAGAGUGGUAGAAGUCAAGGAGGCGGUGUUGAAUGAAGCGUUGGGCCGCAAUGAGAUCAAAACGGUCGAUAUUUAUACGGGGGAACCGUUUCCGGAGUGA